GCAGUGUGUGCCAUUCGCAAACACCUGACUACAUAGGGAGCCUCGGCAUUUAUCGACAACGCAUCAUUUUAAGGAUUCGCGAGGACUGGAACGAUCUCAAUAAGUUGUUCAUGUGUUGUGGUAUUCGCCGGAGGUAUCAACAUCUCGCUCCUUCUUCCGUUUCAACUAAAUCUUCAAUAUGAGUCAACUGCAGUACGGAGCCGUUUGUAGGGGCUACACAGUUCUUGUCAGUCAUCAAGACCCCAGGCUGACAGAAAAUGCAGAAAGAUACCUCACGGAUUUCCUGUGCACAUUCAGCACAGAGGUGGACACGAAAACCUCAUUCAGUGCCGGAGGCUUCAAAUUCCACAUCCAAGUGCAAGCGGGGAUGGUGUUUUGCUGCGGUGCCACACCUGAAGCUGGCGUCCGUCUACCGUUCCUAUUCCUCGCAGAGCUCUCGAAAAGAUUCACCCUGACUUCACUGCCAUCUCGGGCGUACAACGCUGAAGAGCACGAAUUCGACCGAGAAUUCCAAGCGAUUCUUAAGGACACCCUCGACUCCUUCAAUAGUGGAAAGAGCGGCGAUCAAGUCGAGCAGCUGAAAAGUCAAGUCAACGAUGUCAAAGGAAUAAUGCAAGAGAACAUAAAGAAAGCCCUCGACAGAGGUGCUCGAAUGGACGAUUUGGUGGAUCAAACCGAGAACUUAGAGAGUCAGAGCGUGACCUUCCGCGCUCAAUCUGGCCGAGUGCGUCGCAAGAUGUGGCUUCAGAACUUGAAGAUGUGGAUCAUAAUUGGUGUUGUCGUUUCCGUCGUCGUGUUGCUGAUUAUCCUCAAGAUUGCUGGCGUGUUCUGAGUGAACGAAACUGCGGGGCGCUUUGUCCGGAAACUUGCUUUCACGGACGCGUCCAGGUUCCCGGAUGAGUGCGCGGAACUGUAAUAAUGGAUCUAGCUAGAAAGCGAAAUGUGUACAGAAUCGAGCGAGUCGCGCUCGGAGAGAAACCAGAAAAGAAUAAAUUUGUAUAUUUUAGCGGC